CCUCCUCGAGGACGUCUUUGAACAUGAAUCGGCAGAGACAGCGUUUUGAGCACGGGAAAGAAGUCUCCGGCUACGCGGAAGGGUUACACCGCCCCUCAGAGAGAGACACACGCAUCCAGCAUGGCAACUUUGGCAGCAGCAGCUCGUGCACACUGCGAAAGGGCUGUUUUCACUCCGGCCCGUGCGUUCAGUCGUUCCUCGCACAGAGCACUGGCUCAGGCACAAUCAUCUUUAAAUGUGCUUGGCACAGAGUACAAGUCCGAUGAGUGGACAAACGCCACACCACGGAUCCUAUCGCUUGUGGGCAGAGAUUUGCACAAGAACAAGAACCACCCGAUCGGGAUUCUCCGCUCGUUGAUUGAGAACAGGUUUGACGGUCUCGGCUACACAAUGUACGGAGAUAUGAAGCCCAACGUCUCGGUGCAUGAGAACUUCGACGUUUUGGGCUUCCCAGAGGACCAUGUAGGCCGUUCCAAAAGCGACACGUACUACCUCAACAAAGACCAUCUCUUGAGAACGCAUACCUCUGCACACGAACACGAGUGCUUUCUCACAUGCCAAACCCCAGGUUACUUCAUCUGUGGAGAUGUGUACAGAAGAGACGAGAUUGACCGCACGCACUACCCUGUGUUCCACCAGAUGGAGGGAGCCAGGGUGUGGAAAAGAGACGACUUCAAAAGCGAGGAGGAGCUUUUGGCGAAGAUCCAAGCAGACAUAGAUGCCAUCCCCAAGACGGAUUUAAUCGUCGAGGAUGUUGGGUACGACCCGGUCGAGAACCCUAAGCAGGACUUCAUGACUGACAGAGAGACCGAUCUGGUGUCGCAGCACUUGAAGCGUACCAUCGAGGUUUUGGUCGAUGCCGUUUUCAACGAGGCAAAGUCGGCCGCCAAGCUUGCCGGUUCAACCGAGGAGUACUUGAACGAGCCUUUGAAGGUCAGAUGGGUCGAAGCCUACUUCCCCUGGACAGCCCCUUCCUGGGAAAUUGAGGUCUGGUGGAAGGGCGAGUGGUUGGAAUGUUGUGGCUGUGGAGAUGUGCGCAAGUUGGUGCUGGACAACUCGAAACUCGACAAUUCCAUUGCCUGGGCGUUCGGUAUCGGUCUCGACCGUAUCGCAAUGCUAUUGUUUGGCAUUCCCGACAUCAGACUCUUCUGGUCUCUUGACAAGAGGUUCAUCAACCAGUUCAAGCAGAACCAAAUCAGCAUCUUCAAGCCGUACUCAAAGUACCCGGGUUCAGUCAGAGACAUCUCCUUCUGGCUUCCCAAGGACGACGAAGGUCAGUACUUGAAGCUCCAUGAAAAUGACUUGAUGGAGAUUGUGCGUGAAAACGCCGGCGACCUUGUGGAAAGCGUCAAACUGGUGGACGAGUUCACGCACCCCAAGACUGGCAAACACUCCCAGACCUACCGUGUCAACUACCAGUCCAUGGAUCGUAACAUCACCAACGAUGAAGUCAACCUCAUGAACGAAGAAACUCGUAAGGAGCUUGUCCAAAAACAGUCAAGAUCUCGAAAGCUAAUAUUAUACUCACAGAGCAUGUCUGCCUGUGAUAUCAUUAUCCUAUAUGGUUCGGAAACCGGAACGGCCCAGGAUUUUGCACAUUCCUUGGCACACCGAUGUCGUUAUCUAAGUUUGAAACCGUUGGUCUGCAACAUGGAUUCGCUUGACCUGAAGCAACUUUUCGAGGUUUCCACAUUGCUGCUGAUCUGCUCAACAACAGGUCAAGGAGAGCUACCAAGAAACUGCCGGAAGUUCUUCAGAUUCUUGAUGCGUCGAAAUUUGCCGCCAAAUCUCCUAGAGCAUUUAAAGUUUUCAACGUGUGGCUUGGGAGAUUCUUCGUACGUGAUGUAUAACCUUGCAAUCCGGAAGUUUCACGCUAGGCUGAAGCAAUUAGGAGCCCAAGAGUUUGUUGAGAGAGCCGAAUGCGACGAGCAAUCGCCUGAGGGGCAAGAAGCCUUCUACGAUUCCUGGGAGCGUUUGGUCUUCGACGCUUUGAAGAAAAAGUACUCGGGUAAAGUGAAUGAGAUCCCUGAUAACGUCGUUCUCGCUCCUCUGCAUCAAAUAACCAUUAAACAAGAUGGAUCCAAGAAGUUUUCCACGAGGCUAACUGCCUUAGAACGUCAGGACUCAGAAAAAAAAUUGACCACGCUGAAAAUAGAUUCCUUAGAUCGAAUAACUGAUCCUGAACAUUUCCAAGAAGUUCUCCAUGUCGUACUUUCGGAUGCCACACAGUCUUUACAAUAUUUCGUUGGUGACACGGUGUCUCUGUAUCCCGAGAAUGAUCCGAAAGACGUCCAGUCUUUUAUCAAUCUUCAAGGCUGGACCGAUAUAUCUGAUUACCCGCUAGCCAUUAACUGUCCGGGUCACAUGGUUCCAGAAGGCGGGUGGGUCAAAGACCUCACAUUGAGAUCGUUGCUCCAAUACCAUUUGGAUAUUGCAUCGGUUCCUCCAAGAUCGUUUUUCCAGAUGGCUUGGCACUUUGCUUCGGAUGAGCGGGAAAUGGAAAAGUUGAAGGAGCUCGGUAAGGUGGAGGAGUCGGAACAGCUCUAUAACUACGUCAAUAGGCCUCAUCGGUCGAUACUAGAGGUAAUUCAGGAAUUUUUUUCGUUGAAAAUUCCAAUCGAACAGCUAUUGGAAGUAAUACCUCUCAUCAAGCCCCGCCUUUUUAGCAUAUGCAACCUACCAAAACAAGGAACACUAGAGCUUGCAGUUGCCAUUGUCGAGUAUAGAACUAUUAUCCGCCGCGUCAGGAAAGGGUUGUGUACCAGUUGGCUGAAACGCCUGAACGUGAACGACAAGAUCGUUGUAUCCAUCAACCAAAACAAUCUCAAAAUCCCUGAUGCUGAUAUGGUCUUGGUCGGGCCUGGUACAGGCAUUGCACCUGUUCGGGCCAUUGUCCAGCUCAAUGACAAGAGGAUUAGAGACGGUAAAGACGGGCAUAAUUACUUAUUAUUCACAGGUCAUAGAUAUAGAGAAAAAGAUUAUUUGUUUGGUCAUGAAUGGCCACAUAUGAAGGGUUUGAGGGUCAUCGAUAGUUUUUCUCGUCAAGCUGGCGGUUAUGUUCAGGAUACCAUCUGGAAAAACAAGGAUGAUGUUGCUAAGAUACUCAAUAAUGGCGGCGGGUUGUAUUUGUGUGGAAGUUCAGGGAAAAUGCCAACACAGGUAAGAAUCACAGUGGAAGAAAUACUUAAAGAGUCUAACAAUUGGGAUGUUGAGACAGUAAAAGCUGAACUGCUGAAGAUGGAGAAAGAAAAGCGGUUUAUACAAGAGACCUGGUGA